AUGACGUCCAAAGAGGCCGAAGCGGCCCAGAUCAUCAACGCCAACCUGAGCAGCGACGAAGCGCAAGCUCCUUCGACCAAGUCGCCGCUUGCUCUGGGCCGCGCUGAGAAUCUUGCUGCUCCAUGUCACUGCUUGUACGCUGAAGGCCAUCGCUGCGACGCAUGCAAGGACGCCGAGAGCGAGCCAAGGAUACCAGCAUCAGCGUACGAAGCGAUCUGCCGUCAUGACCGCCCAGAGCCAGACCCACAGGACGACUUUGUUCCAGCCACGUACUACAAUCUCUCGCCGCGCAAUUGCCCGAGCCACGAGGCCUUGGACUUUGUGGUUGCCUCGAUGCACGAUCCAAUACCCUACUACCACCACGCUGCGUGCUGCGACCGCAACGAGCACGCGACCUUUGUAGCUGCCUCGGCGUUCGAACCAGCACCCUACAACCACAGUGCACAUUCGGCGUGCUGCGACCGCAACGAGCACGCGACCUUUGUAGCUGCCUCGGCGUUCGAACCAGCACCCUACCACAGUGCACAUUCGGCGUGCUGCGACCUCCUGACCUUUGUAGAGCCCUCUUCGUCGCCACGCGGCGUCUCCUCCGCACCAUAG